UCUUUCGAACUAGCAAUAGAGAAAAAGAGUCUGGAAAAGGACAAACUCGUUUUUGAAACUUCAUCUGAUUGUCUAAGUGAAGAUAAAGAGUAUCUUUAACAAUAUUGACAGUAGUGAAGAGGAGAAUAAAGACAUUCAGGAUUCUAUUUCUAUAGAAUCUUUCACAAUUAGGGCAAGAGACAUCUCUUCUAAUAUUUUUGAAGAGAAUAAGAAUCUGGAGAUUAUCCGCAGGCUAAGUAUCAGUGAAAACACUAUUCCUCAGAUUGCCAAUACUGAUGAUAGUGAUAGUUCAUUCAGCGAUACACAAGAUGGAUUAGGAAAUCUUCAGAUUAAUCUCCUGAUGGGAAGAGAUAACCAUCUAGUAGCAAGCUCUUCCUCCUCCAGCCUUGGAUCUUCAAUCAUUACUCAUUUUGGAGGAAUUGGAGGAAGGAAUUUAGAGAUAAAGGCCGAGCCAUGAGACACAAACUUUAAUCUGAUCCCUAAAGAAGACGUUAAGAAGCUCUUAACUUGCUAUAUCUGAUAUGGACAAAUGGGUCCCAACAAUAAUGCGAUGUGAGCGAAGUGCUCAAAGACUUAUUGCGGAUGAUGUAUGAAAAGAGUGCUUUCAACUGACCGAAAAUGCCCGAAUUGCAGAGUCAGACUCCUCAAAAGAAGUCUUAGAAAGAACCUCUUGAUUGAGGAGAUUUAUGAGACUCAGAAUAAUGAGGAAUUACAGUCUCAAACACCAGAAGAGCAAAGCAUGCUUGAAUGCCCAGAGCAUAAAGAAGGCAUCCAGAUGUACUGUAAUGCAUGUGAGGCUUAUGUCUGCAUUGAAUGUAUCAGCUCAGGAAAGCAUACUGGCCACGACCUGAAGUCUCUGAAACAUGUAUUCACUCAAGUGAAAGAGACUUCAGCAGAAGAGAGUAAGAAGCUUGGAGAAUACAUUGAAAAUCUUGAAGUUUAUGAAAACAAGUUCAAAAAGAAAGGAAAAGUUGAAGAUGUUGCUAAAGCUCAUCAAGCUAUUGAGAACCUCAUAAUUAGCAUUUUAGAUAAGAAGAAGACAAGGACUAGCCAGGCAUAUGAUUUCCUUGACAAUAAGUCAAUGACUAUUUCCAAUAAAAAGAAGAAGAUGGAAUUGCUCAUGAAAAAAAUUGAAGCUUUUACAAAUGAAAACUCUACGAAGCAACCCACAAAGUCUAAUAUAUGUGCACUGAAAGGAAUGUGUAAAGAUAUUAAGAAGAAUACUGAAAGAAAUUAUGACAAAGAAUUAGAAAAAUUUUAUAAUGAACACUAUCUUAAAAGAAUCAAACUUGAACAAAAUUGAGAACCCAUAAAUGUUACCCUCUUGGUGAAAAAUCUGGUCUCUAAUGCACAGGCACAGAUGGUGUUGAAGUAUAAUGACAAGAAUUCUUUCUUGGAAAUUUCAGAAGAUCAAUCGCAUAAUGGAAAUUUUGAUAUAUUUUUGGAAAUAAACAAUAUUCCUGAAGAUUUUGAAGCAAUAGUGAUCUUAAAACAUAAAUUUAGCCAAGAGUUACCGCAAGGAAUUCAUAUUGAUAUUAUUAAUAUGGAUACUAUUAUAAAGAAAGGAGAAAAAAGAGUGAAAAUCGGUAAAAUAAUCGCCCAUAUUCCUCAAGAAUCUGACAAUAGUGGUGAGAUCACCCUAACAGUCACAGUAGAAGAGCUAACAAAAGAGGUUAAGAAUACAGAAAUUCAGAUUCUUGAGAGCCUGCAAGCUAAUAUUGCUCAUAGAAUAGCUGAAUUGAAAGAGAAGAAAAGUUAA